AGAGAGAGACAGCGAGAGAGAGAGAAACAGAGAGACAGAGAGAGAGAGCAGGUAUUGGCGAACAACAAAAGCCACUUGUAGUUUGUGGACAGCUCAACUUCACUCAGAGUACAGACACGGGAUCCCCACGCAGCCGCCGCCGCGUGUGAGUGUAGACUUUUAAGUUUUCAGUCAACAGCAGAAGAAGAAGAAGAAGAAGAAGAAGAAGAAGAAGAAGAAAAAAUAAAAAAAAGCCUCAGCGCUGAGUCGAGUUUCGUUCGCGCACGAGGAAAAGGACGCACAGUUUAUCCACUCCACUCCACGGCUCGAUCACUAAGGUUACUUACAUGCAUUCAAGAUCAACUGACCAGUGAUUGGUGGAAGCUGGGGAUUGAGUCUUUCACUUUUUAACCCCGCACGCUGACAUGGAGGGCUUUCUACGUAGCAGCUUUUUACUGAGCAGAGUCAUGUCUUCCAAGCAAGCCACCUCCCCUUUCGCCUCCGUGGUCGAUGGGGACGACGCCAUGAGUCAAGAGCACUUGCCUUGGGAGAAAGAGGAGAGCGCCGAGGCCCACGGCACGCCACAGCUGCCCCUGCACAGUCUGCUCCACGGCAAGGCCCAUCCCGACGAGGUGCAGCAGCUCAGCAGCGUACCGCCGGAGAGCGACUGGGACAGCCUGGUGUCAGCACAGCAGCGCAUGGAAUCCGACAGCAAUAAAGUAUGCUCCCUGUACUCCUUCCGGAACAAUUCGACUUCCCCACAUAAGCCAGAGGAGGGGGCCCGGGAGCGAAGUGACCUGCUGAGCGGAUCAGCGUUUGGAACGCCGGAGCGCCGCAAAGGAAGCUUGGCAGAUGUAGUGGACACGCUGAAGCAGAAGAAGAUGGAGGAGAUGACAAAGACAGAGCAAGACGAAACGUCAUGCAUGGAGAAACUUCUUUCUAAAGAGUGGAAAGAGAAGAUGGAGAGGCUGAACACCAGCGAACUUUUAGCAGAUGUAAAAGGAACUCCAGAGAGCUUGGCAGAAAAGGAACACCAGCUCUCCACAAUGAUCACCCAGCUCAUCAGCCUGAGAGAGCAGCUUCUGGCGGCUCACGACGAACAGAAGAAGCUCGCCGCCUCACAGAUGGAGAAACAGAGGCAGCAAAUGGAGUUAGCUCGUCAGCAGCAGGAGCAGAUUGCAAGACAACAGCAGCAGCUCCUGCAGCAGCAGCACAAAAUCAACCUCCUCCAGCAGCAGAUUCAGCAGGUCCAGGGUCACAUGCCUCCGCUCAUGAUCCCCAUUUUUCCACACGACCAACGCACUCUGGCAGCCGCCGCCGCCGCACAGCAAGGCUUUCUCUUCCCCCCGGGAAUGUCUUAUAAGCCAGGUGAUAACUACCCGAUGCAGUUCAUUCCAUCCACGAUGGCAGCUGCGGCAGCGUCAGGACUCAGCCCCCUCCAGCUCCAGCAACUGUAUGCGGCCCAGCUUGCCAGCAUGCAGGUCUCUCCUGGAUCCAAGAUGCCUCCACUCCCCCAGCCCAUCAACGCCAGUGGGCCCAUCUCCCCCUCCUCGCUGAAGAACGACAAGAGUUCCUCCAGCCCCAUCACUCAAGUCAAGGAGGAAGGAACACAGCCGCUCAACCUGUCUGCUCGGCCAAAGACGGCAGACAUGGUCAAGUCUCCCACGUCCCCAACACAAAACCUGUUUCCCGGCAGUAAAAACAGCCCAAACAACAGUCUUCUUGUCAAGGGCGGUAUCCCGAGUCCACUGGGAGGACUGGGACGGGGCUCGUCCCUCGAUAUUCUGUCCAGCCUAAACUCUACCGCGCUGUUUGGGGACCAGGACACGGUGAUGAAGGCCAUCCAGGAGGCGAGGAAAAUGAGGGAGCAGAUCCAGAGGGAGCAGCUGCAACAUCACCAGCAGGGCAUGGAGGCAAAGCUGUCCGCGCUCACUUCAGUGGGCCUCAACAACUGCAGAGUGGACAAGGAGAGGGCGCACUUUGAGAACACCGGGCACCACCUCGGAAAGCUGGGUGAGGAAGGGAAGAUUGGCCACCGAGUUAUUGACCUCACCAGGCCAGAGGAUCUAGACGGAGGUGCAGGAUCCCUCGAGGCGCGAGUCUUCAGGGAAUCUCGGGGAAGGAACAACAACGAGCCCCACAUUAAAAGGCCGAUGAAUGCGUUCAUGGUGUGGGCCAAGGAUGAGCGGCGCAAGAUUCUGCAGGCCUUCCCCGACAUGCACAACUCCAACAUCAGCAAAAUCUUGGGUUCUCGGUGGAAGUCCAUGUCCAACCAGGACAAGCAGCCAUACUACGAGGAGCAGGCCCGUCUGAGUAAGCUCCACCUAGAGAAGUACCCAAACUACAAGUACAAGCCGCGGCCUAAGAGAACCUGCAUCAUUGACGGAAAAAAACUUCGCAUUGGAGAGUACAAGCAGAUGAUGCGCUCGCGGCGACAAGAAAUGAGGCAGUUCUUCACCGUGGGACAGCCACCACAGAUUCCCAUCACGACUAGCGCCAGCAUGGUCUACCCGGGGGCCAUCACCAUGGCAACCACCACACCCUCACCCCAGAUGACAUCAGAGUGCUCAAGUGCCUCAGCGAGUCCCGAGCCGCCCAUGCCCGUCAUACAGGCCACCUACAACAUGAAGGUGGAGCAGCACGCCAUGGCGAACAACAGCGAGCCCAUCAACGGCGAGGACGAGAUGGACAUGUACGAGGACUUCGAGGACGAGCCCAAAUCAGACUAUAGUAGUGAAAAUGACACGCACGAGCCGGUGAACGCCAACUGAGAGCGGGGUUAACGCAGAGGAGGCCAACGCAGACGCGACACUCACACGGGAGGACGCCCAGAGGGCCGGCGUGAUCCGAGGGAGGGAAAUGAACGGCAAAAUUUAAAAAAAAAAAAAAACUCACACACGCCAACAAAAGGAUGUUUUUAAAGAAUAACAACGACGGUGUGUCAUUUAGGAGCCAGCAUGCACAUGUGGCUCCAUCAGAAUCAAAAGCUAAUUGGUCUUAAGUGUUUCUUCAGAGUGUGUGAAGCAGUUUGGUUGUGGUAACCUAGUUUGUUUGUUUUUUAAUGUCAUUUUUUGUUGUUGUUUUUUUUCAUUGUGAUCAUUUACAGUUAAUUUAAUGCCUAGAGAACAAAAGACGGAACUUGAAAUUGAACAACUGAUAUUUGAAACAUAUUAUAUAUAUAUAUCCAUAUUUGGUUUAAGAUUUGAAUCCUCGGCAGCCAUUUUUUUUUCUUUUCUUUUACAUUUUCCUCUUCAAUUAGAUGUUCAAGAUUGGAAUAAUAUACUUACUCAGGUAUAGUGUGUCAGCCAACAGCUUGUGAAUGUUUAAAUCAAGAGUAAAAUAUCACCAGAACAAAAUAUCUCAAAAUUCAUAUUGGGUGAUUCCAAGAUAUUUAGAGGAAAUGCAUUAUUAUUAUUACCAUUAUUAUUAUUAUUAUUAUUAUUAUUAGUCAUGUUUUUGUGUUGGUUGUUAUUACACAAAAUUUAGUGCUGAAGUGCCAAACAUUUCAAGUUGUUUCUUUAAAAAAAAAUCUGUAGUCUUUUUGGGAGAGGCUUUGUGAGUCUUAGACAAUCUCUUGAUCUCUUAAUGCAGCUUCAUUAUCCAGAGUCUUUCCUUCAUUUUACCCGACACAGAACAAACAAAUGAAAACUCAGGAACUUGGAGGAAGCAGGCUCCGCGGGGGUGGGGUGGGGUGGGGGGGGGGCCACAGCGCACAACAUCUCUGACGCUAUAGCUGUUCUCCUGGGAGCCCAAUGCAGUGAUCAUCAAUGAAAAUGGCCGGCCCCUUUCAUUUUUUUUCUCCAACCUAGUCCACGCAGAGCGCCGCGGCAUCUCUCGCUAACUUCCAGCUCUGCAUCCCAGUCUGACUCACCAAGUUCUUAAUCAGAGCGAUUGUAAUCAGGCCAGGAUGCUGGAGGGCCAAAGGCCUCCAAUCUGUGGGAUUGGAACAGCAGUGAAAGGCAGCUUUGGGAGCAUUAAAAUCUCAAAUUGAUGUCGUACAAUGUGUAGCUACAGUAUGUUCUGAUAAAGGCCUUAGCCCCAUUUUGGACAGCAAGUUUAAAGUCUUAGGUCUGAGAGCUUCAUUUUGUUUUUCAAUCUUAAUUCUUUUUAGACAUUGUAAAUCUUAAACUGACACUAAGAAGUCUUAAAGCAGAGCACAGUCAUUGGGUCGAUGCAAUACGUUCAUUACUGAAGCAGUCUUACAGUUUAUGAGGAUAUUUCUAAAUGGAGGGACGGACGGACGCUUAAAUUAUGAUUUUUUUCAAUUACCUCGUAUGACAAAGGUAACUUAAAAGCGGAUUUUUGCACGCCUGCACUUAAAUUGAUUCUCCUCCCGUCACCUUUGAGCCUUAUUUUAUUUCUAAUAAUCUUAUCAGCUUUCCGAAAUGCACUUAUCCCUUGCGUGAAAUGAUGACAACAUGCAAUGACUCAGAAAAACAAGAAGGACAAACAGUCUCUGUCCUAAUUUCAGCA